AGCCACAGCUCCACCAGGCACAAUGGACCCUGCUAAGCCCCUGCCGCUGUUUCUUCUGCCUCUGCUCCUGGUGGGCUCCACUGGCGGUCUUGCUUCAGCAUCCGCCCAAGGGAAUAAUUUAGAGAUCUGCCUCUUGCCCUUGGAGAAGGGACCUUGUCGGGCCCUUAUCCCCAGGUUCUACUAUGAUAGGAACCAGCAGACAUGCCGAGAAUUCAAGUACGGAGGCUGCCUGGGCAACGCAAACAAUUUCCACAGUCUGGAACUCUGUGAACACACUUGUGGGAAUAUCGAGAAAGUUCCUACAGUUUGUCGGUUAGAAACCCAAACAUAUCCCUGUGAUAAACCCAAUGUGCAGUCUUUCUUCAAUCUGAGUACCAUGACAUGUGAAACUCUUAAGCCUAAUCUGUGUAGCACGACUAUGAACAUAUUCCCUGAUGAAGAUACUUGUAAGGACUUCUGUGAACCAAGGAAAGUUCCAUCAUUUUGCUCCAGUCCCAGAGACGAAGGCCUUUGUGCUGCCAAUGUGACGCGCUAUUAUUUUAAUUCAAGAAACAAAACCUGUGAGACCUUCACCUACACUGGCUGUGGUGGGAAUGAAAAUAACUUUUAUUACCUGGAUGAUUGUGACCGUGUUUGCAUCAAAGGUAGUAAAGCUCUUCCUAUUCAGUCAUCAGGCAAAGGUGUUGAAUAAUUCAAAAGGAAAACU